GUUUGCAAAAUGGGCAAGAAGGUGAAGAAGAAACUAGAGGACAUCUCCUCAGAUGAUGAAGAGGAGUAUGUGGUGGAGAGAGUGCUGGAUCGCAGGGUGGUGAGGGGCCGUGUGGAGUUUCUUCUGAAGUGGAAAGGCUUCUCUGAGGCUGAUAAUACUUGGGAGCCGGAGAAGAAUCUCGACUGCCCGGAACUGAUUGGGGAGUUUCUGAAAACCUACAGCAAGGGCAAGGAAAAUGGCGCUGGUUCUCAGGAUAGACCGGACAAGCGCAAGUCUGCCAUCAUCAAUGGCAUUGAAGAGCUCAGAACCAAGAAGAGAAAAGAGAAUGAGGACUGUGUGCGGGGCUUUGACCGUGGGCUGGAACCGGAGAAGAUCAUUGGAGCCACGGACUCCUGUGGGGAACUGAUGUUCCUGAUGAAAUGGAAGGACUCAGAUGAGGCUGAUCUGGUCCUGGCUAAGGAGGCCAACGUCAAGUGUCCUCAGAUCGUCAUUGCCUUCUACGAGGAACGUCUGACAUGGCACGCCUACCCUGCUGAGGAGGAGGAGAAGAGGGAAGAUUCACAGGCUAGCUAG